ACUUUAAUUUCUCAUUUUACUUCUUCUUUGACCCAUGAGUUAUUGAAAAGUGUGUUAUUCAGUUUUCAAACACCAACAUCAAUUUGGAAUUUAGGUUUCUCUUGUGCUGUUCUGGCUUAGUGUUUCCCGCUAAUAGUUAUACAAGAAACUUCUAUCUUCUUUCUGUUACUUUCCUUCAAAAGGAACUUGGAUAUUUAUUUUUCUUCGUGUUUGAGGAGCAUCAGCUUCCAGGGACAGAUCUCUAAAUUUGACUCACCUUUAACUGAAGAUUAUAUACGGGAUGGUCCUGGCAUUCAAGGCUUCCCACAACCGGGACUAAACAUAACUUUCCAGCACUGGCAUUUUUGUCUUCAUUGUAAGUGCCAACACAGCUAGGUUAUUUUCUAUCUCCCAAAAAUGUUUGAUUCUGUUCAUUUUGUUCUCUAUGAGAGAUGCUCUCUUCCCCAACCCCUCCUGGAAACCAUCAUUCAACACAUUUUAAAUGUUCCCUAUUCCAUAAAGACUUUUUCUGAUCUCUCAGUAUGCUUUCUUCUACUUAAAAUCUUCACAGCUCUUUUAUUUUUUUAAUUUUUAAGUACUGCCUCUUAUUGCCUUUGUAAUGUCAAGGUCAUUCAAUAUCUUAUCCCUCUUAUUAAAAUCUAACCCCUUCCUGCCAAGCGGGCCAAGCGGUGGCCCACACUGGGCCCUCCAGAUACAUCUGCUGAAACAAACGAAUUGUGAUUUCUCCCUUUCCUCAGUGCGCCUGAUUGAUUAAUAUUUUAGACUUUGCCCUGAUGGGAACAUUCCUAGGUAGGAAAAGGAGACUGGAGCGAGAGAGCCUUUGAGGAAAUUUUAGGAGCCUCUGGUUCUUGAUUAUUUCAUAGACAUAAGCUGACGAGGGGAAAGAAUUCAUAGCCACAGAAUGUGGGCAGCUUGAAGAAGAGCUUGUUUUCUCGUUUUCUAGGAUCCUGCAGUGAAGGGAAGCAUCCUGUGUGGGUUAAGGCCUCUUUCAGGAGCUCAGUAACUAUUUAUAGGAGACAAAAUCACUGACUAAUAGAGUGAUUGUAUGAGAAUCAACAUAAAUAUUAAUGAGGAAAAUUCCAGUUUUCUUGCACCACCACUCACUACAGGCCUAUAUAAGGUCUAGAGGAGAAGGAAGGUUUCAGCCUCAAGUGAACCCAACCAUGAGCAAAGCAAGAGUCUGGUGUUUUAGCACCAUGACUUCUAGUUGCUGCUGUUCUCUCCUCAGUGGGGAGGUUUCAGAGGCCAAGGCUGCCCGCCCGUGCCUUUCGGCCACCUUGGCACACGCCAACUGUGUCUGUGUGGGGACGACCCCUCUGGGCCAAUCCAGCCUCUGUCUGCCCCACAGCUGCAGCACUGCUUGCCCCUUGUCAACGACCUGCAACAUUCCUGGCAACAGUGGCAUCUGUGGGACCUGUGGCGAAGGCACCCUGAAUAGCCACGAGAAGGUGACCAUGCAGUUCCUGAAUGACCGCUUGGCCAACAACCUGGAGAAGGUGCACCAGCUGGAGUGGGGCAAUGCAGAGCUGGAGACCAAGAUCCUAGAGUCAAGCAAAUGCCAUGAGUCCAACGUGUGCCUGGACUACCAGAGCUACUUCCGGACCAUCGAGGAGCUCCAGAAGAAGAUCCUGUGCAUCAAAUCUGAGAACAACAAGCUGGUUGUGCAAACAGACAAUGCCAAGCUGGCUGCAGAUGACUUCAGGACCAAUUGGCAUCAGAGAUGGUACCAGGUGGACCACUCGCUCUGCCAGCUUGUGGAGGCCGACAUCUGUGGCCUGCGCAGGGUGCUGGACCACCUCACACUCGCCGAGUGUGACUUGGAGGCCCAGCUGGAGUCCCUGAGGAAGGAGCUGCUCUGCCUCAAGAAGAACCAUGAGCAGGAAGUCCACACUCUGAAGUGCCAGCUGGGGGACAAGCUCCAGAUUGAGCUAGAUACUGAGCCCACUGCAGACCUGGGCAGGCUGCUGGAGGAGAUCUGGUACCAGUAUGAGGCCAUGGUGAACACCUCUGAAGGCAUCAGUCUACUGGACAUGUCCUGCUCCGAGGAGCUGCAGUGCUGCCAGAUGGAAAUCCUGGAGCUGAGACGCAUGGUGAACGCCCUGGAGAAGGAACUUCAGGCUCAGCACAAGCUAAUACAGAGCCUGAUCAGCAGCAUGCAGGAGCAGCUGUCUGAGAUCCGGGCUGACCUGAAGCAGCAGAACCAGGAGUACCAGGUGCUGCUGGACGCCAAGGCCUAG